CCGCUCGGCCUCCGUGUGGAUCCGGACAACAACCUUGGAUCGGUGGAUGAGAUGAAAGCUGCUGUUUCAGAGUUUAAGAAGAGCCGACGAGGAUGUCCGAGUCUGAUUAAAACAAGAACAAGACGUCCGUGAAAUAUCCACGAUUCAGCAGUGACUCGUCCACAUCGCCACUGAGAUGUCUCUACCAAGGAUCACACGUCUCCCCUCGGUGAGGCUGCUAAGCUCCAUCUACCAACACCAGCAGCCGCUCCUUCCCUCCAUCUCUGCUCUCACCGUGCCCAGAAGAACCGUGACCCAGAACGAAUACAGACGACCCGGCCAGCCCAAAGAAGACAAGUGGCCAUGGCAGAAUAUUAACUUUGGACUCUCGAAGGGUUUGGAGGGGAUAAAGAAACAUUUCACGCUGCUGAAAAAGGAGUUUUCUGACACCUGGGUCGGUCCAGAAGGCAAACCGAUCAUCGAUCACAUGUUGGAGCAGAACCGAGUGGUGUUCGAGUUCAGAAAUCCAGAGGCCCUGGAGUCGUGGACGGUGUCCUCGGAUCGUGAGAUAGGAGGCCAAAGCGAAGCUUACUUGAAGCUCGGCAAAUACAAUACCUGUUUUUUUUACGGGACUCUGAGCUCUGCUCCUCCAAAGGAUGGAGAAACACGCUACAGCGGCUACUGCACGAUGCGUUCAAAGCAAAUGCUGGCUUCAUUUGACAGAAAGCAGCACUACGAUUGGACCACUUUCAACACCCUGCAUUUGCGUGUCCGUGGCGAUGGACGUCCAUGGAUGAUCACAGUCGGAGCAGAGACGUACUUCGCUCACCAGAAAGAUGACAUGUACUGUUAUUUCCUGUACACCAGGGGAGGACCCUACUGGCAAGACGUCAAGAUACCUUUCUCCAAGUUCUUCCUUUCACAUCGUGGGAGGAUACAAGACGAUCAGCAUCCUCUCUGGCUCGACAAGGUAAACACCAUUGGGUUUACUCUGGGGGACAAAGCCGACGGCCCGUUCCAGCUGGAGAUCGAUUACAUUGGCGUCUGCAAAGAUUACGCACACACGGAGGAGUUUGCCUACGAGGUGUACAAGAGGAAUCCUGAAGUCUGAAGUGCUGUGCUGCAGUAUUUCAAACACUACUACUGUUAACUGUCACAUGGUGGACCAAACACCAUCACACCCCCGCCUGUUGGUCUUUGUCCCGCUUCUUUUCAUCUGCUGGUAACGGUGACACUUCACUGACUGUGAUCCAUUCCUUACUUAGUAAAAGCCCUGAAGUGUUUGUGAUCACGUAAGGACUUGUCAAAGGAGAUCAACAAAAUCAAGUUGUUUAU